AUGGAGGAAGAAGUCGAAGAUAUUGUGGGAGACGUGAAUUAUACUGAUUCACAAAAAAGUAUCACCGCUUCAAACGUGUACUCGCUCGACUUCACAGACAGUAGUUCAGAUAAAAACUACUCUUCGAGUAAAGAAACAUAUGUCAUCGAUUGCGAUGAUAGCGACACCAGUGAUAAAACGUAUCAAUCUAACACAUUCCAAGCCACUUUUCCGUUAAAAGACGAUGCUCAAACUCAAAUUAUAGCAAAACAAAACAAUUGCAUGGAAGCUACAGAAAGAACCAACAGGUUCGACAGAGAUGACAGUCUCCAGCAAUAUUCUUUACUUUCACAAGAAAUAUUUACUCAAACGAGUAAAACUAUUUUCGAACUAGCGCAAAAUGAAAAGCGCCUAGCUUCAACAGCUGAAGGUUUAAAUUCUCUACAAACACAAACAUCAUUUAUUUCUAUAACUGAAAACAAAACCGUAGAGUACCAUAUUCAACUAAUAAGCGAUAAAACCCAUUUUAAUCCAAGUCAACUGCUAACCAACUCCAUAGUUUAUAAUACUAACUUUGUUAGCCAAGCAAUUGCCGAUUCAUUAGAAGAUAAAUCUUCUUUUUGUCAAGAGUCUGAGAAUGAGAUAGAAAUAAGUAAAAAAAACCUUACAGGAGAAACUGAUGAUAAGAUAAUUAAAUUUGUGGACGAUGGUUCUCGAGAGGAUUUAGCUGAAGAUGAGAAUACGAAUGAAUAUGAAAAUUCCCCUUGUGACUCCGAUAUAGCAGAGGAUUCUUUAGAUAAUUUGUACCAAGAAACUGAUCAAGACAUAAGUGAAUCUAGUGAAAUCCCGAAAUCUGUUGAUAACGAUAUUGAUGAUUUGUAUAGAAAAUUGUCUCGCUGCGGUGACGUGGGUUUUUAUCAAGACGAAAAACUUGAGCAGGAAAUACCUAUAGUGGGUAUUUUAACACCACUGACGGAAGAAACCAACGUAAGGAAAACAAGUGUAACGGAAAUAAGCCCUAGUGAAGAAACGCUUACCAAAAAUGAGGAUACUAAAAACAUAAGUCAAAUUACAAAAUCUAAAAGUACUGUGAAUCCUAUGAAAUGCAGUGAAAACCGAAGUCACUUUAGACUCCCACCAAUUAACAAUUUUUCCUGCCCCAACAGUCCUUUGAACUUUUUAUUUUCCAACGCUUGUAGUAAUUUAAUUAAAACCAAUACCCUACCCCUUGUGUCUGAUAACCGCAAAGAGAGAUCGCGAUGGAAGAUUGACACCAAUGCAUCAGGAGAAAAUCCCUUAAUAAAUAUUAACAAAGAUACAGGUAGGUAUCAUAGCGAUACAAUACAAUUACCUCCCAUAAACCACGGUGAAGGUUUUAUUAAAAAAGAGCUGCAGCUUGGCAAAGUCCAAACCAGCGAUGAAGCAAAUCAGGAUGCUAUAAGUAUUAAAGGGAAAAUACGAGAACUUAAGAUGACCCAAAGGAGACCCAGGAUGGUGAGCCGGAGUCCAUCUCCGACUAGCACAACCUGUUCUCCGACCGAAACUAAACUGAGUGACGCAGCAGAGAGAGGCUGCGAGGCCUUGUGUGGAGAACUGCUGAGAAGGCUUCGUUUGAACUCUUGGGUGCAAGCUUUAGAAACGCUAGACGAGCUCCCCAAAGUAUUAGAGAAUUUUUGGCCUGUCAUAGCUGAACACAGAAUUGCAGAGCUUAUACGACAAGUGUCAGUGCACGUAGAUUCUGCGCGCACGCAGGUGUCUCGCGUCGCGUGUCAUACUCUCGCUGCAAUACUUAAGAACACCAACUACACCAAGAAACCGGAUUUCUUUGAGGCAAUAGCAACAUUGCUGGUGAAGACCGGCAGCUUCUGCCGCCCAGUGCGAAAGGCGGCAAACGUGGCCCUUGACCUUGUCGUUUGCUCAGUUGACGUCACUCAUUCUGUCACCGCCAUAUGCGUCUACGGCACAGGACACAAAAGCGCUCUGGUGCGCUGCGCCACAGCUCGCCUUUUGGUAGUAUGCGCUGCUUUCGCCGAAGGGGGUCGGCUUCUGCUGCGAGGCCGCCCGCCCAGCGCAGCCACGGCUAGAGCACAUGUGCUGCGGGCGCUCUCACAUUUACUGUACGAUAAGAACGUGGACACCAGAAAAUACGCCGAACGUCUUUAUGCCAUGUUGCGGCCUCUAAACAACUUUGAAGCGUACUUUUUAACGGACGUCGACAUCGAGACGGCGUCCAGGCAAAUGAAGAAAUAUGACCAAAUCAUAUCAACAUCGAAACUAACAUAA